AUGGUAAUUAAAAUAAAAAUUAAAUGUAAAAAUAUAUAUAAAUAUAUAUAUAUAUAUAUAAAAAAAUAUAUAUAUAUAUAUAUAUAUAUAUAUUAUUUAUUUAUCUAUAUAAAUAUAUUUAUUUAUAUAUAUAUCUAUAUUUACAUAUACACUAUUUUGUAUAGCAUAUAAUUAUAUUUAUCCAAAUAUAUAUUUAAAGGUGAUAUAUAUGAAGGAUAAUUUAAAUUUUAUCUUAAGCAUGGAUAAGGUAUAGAAAAAUUUUCAAAUGGUGAUAUUUAUAAAGGAAAUUAUGUUAAUGGAAAGCCUGAAGGAUAUGGUGAAUAUUAUUGGGCUAAUUAGUCUUUUUAUAAAGGAUAAUUUAAAAAUGGUUUAAGAAAUGGGUAUGGAGUUUGGAAAAGAGGAUUAUAAAAUUCAGAUUAUUAUGAAGGCGGAUAUAUAAACGAUAAAAAAAGUGGAUAUGGAAUUUUUAAGUGGGCAUCGGGAAAUAUAUACAAAGGUAAUUAUUUUAAUGAUUUAAGAAAUGGAUAUGGAGAAAUGUAUUGGAAUGAUGGCUCUUAUUUUAAAGGAAUAUGGGAAGUAUUUUAAAUAUAUAUAAAAUCUACUUUUUUAUGGAUUUCUAAUAAAGACUGA